AUGGGCACUAGAGGCCCCCGGCGGGGCCCUGGCCCCCCAGACGGCGGCUGGGGCUGGGCCGUGCUGGGCGCCUGCUUCGUGGUCACCGGUUUCGCCUAUGGCUUCCCCAAGGCCGUGAGCGUCUUCUUCCACGCGCUUAUGCGUGACUUCGGCGCGGGCUACAGCGACACGGCCUGGGUAUCCUCCAUCAUGCUCGCCAUGCUCUACGGGACAGGCCCGGUGUCCAGCAUCCUCGUGACCCGCUUUGGCUGUCGCCCGGUGAUGCUGGUGGGUGGACUGUUGGCCUCGGCCGGCAUGGUCCUAGCAUCCUUCGCCACGCGCCUCCUGGAGCUAUACCUGACAGCUGGGGUGCUCACAGGCCUGGGCCUGGCCCUCAACUUCCAGCCGUCGCUCAUCAUGCUGGGGUUGUAUUUCGAGCGGCGGCGGCCUCUGGCCAACGGGCUGGCGGCGGCCGGCAGCCCCGUGUUCCUGUCGGCGCUGUCGCCGCUCGGCCAGCAGCUGCUCGAGCACUUCGGCUGGCGCGGCGGCUUCCUGCUGCUCGGCGGCCUCUUGCUGCAUUGCUGCGCGUGCGGCGCCGUCAUGCGGCCGCCACCCGGCCCGCGGCCGCGCAGGAACAGCGCGGGCGACGCUCCCGGGGAGGCGGAGGCGGACAGUGCGGGACUGCGCUUGCGCGAGGCGCCCUCUGGUGGCCGGACCCGCCAGCGCCUGCUGGACGUGACCGUGUGCACCGACCGCGCCUUCGCGGUGUACGCCGUCACCAAGUUCCUGAUGGCGCUCGGGCUCUUCGUGCCCGCCAUCCUGUUGGUGAACUACGCCAAGGACGCGGGCGUGCCUGACUCCGAGGCUGCCUUCCUGCUCUCCAUCGUGGGCUUCGUAGACAUCGUGGCAAGGCCUGCAUGCGGCGCCCUGGCCGGCCUGGCGCGCCUGCGGCCGCAUGUCGCCUACCUCUUCAGCCUGGCCCUGAUGGCCAACGGGCUCACGGACCUGAGCAGCGCGCGCGCGCGCACCUACGGCGCCCUUGUCGCCUUCUGUGUCGCCUUCGGCCUCUCCUACGGCAUGGUGGGCGCCCUGCAGUUCGAGGUGCUCAUGGCGGCUGUGGGUGCGGCCCGAUUCCCCAGUGCGCUGGGCCUGGUGCUACUCCUCGAGGCUGUGGCUGUGCUCAUCGGACCGCCCUCUGCCGGCCGCCUGGUGGACGCGCUGAAGAACUACGAGAUCAUCUUCUACCUGGCAGGCUCUGAGGUGGCCCUGGCCGGGAUCUUCAUGGCUGUCGCCACCAAGUGUUGCCUGCGCCGCUCUCAGGACGCCACGCCCAGCCCAGGCACCAAGGGCGGGGCCAGCGACACGGAGGAUGCUGAGGCUGAAGUGGACUCUGAGCCCUUGCCUACCAGCGCCGAGGAGCCCGGUGGCCUCGAAGCCCUGGAGGUGCCGAGCCCAGGGACUGGGCCCUCGGAACCCGAGUUGGAGGCAGAGCCGGGGCUAGACUCCGAGUCUGUGUAG